UGAACCGAACUGACCAAAUUGCUGCCAACAAAAAUAAUGCAUAAAAAGUUAUACAUUUAGACGAAGUUUCUUUGUCUAAUUCGUUAUUGGUUUUGAUCGUUUGCAUUUUAUAGUUUUAUUAUUAAUUUAAAGCUUAACUAAUAAAUCGUUUUUUAAAAAAACGAACAGUAAAAUAUUUGUAUCAAAUUUACAACUCAUUAAAAAUCAACACAAAUGGCGAAGAAAAACAGUGAAGCUUUUUGCCACAAAGAGGAAAUCAAAACAGUCAAAAACGAGGUCGGCGAAGCGUUUGGAAAAGUUAGCGAAUUAUUAGAACUAAUCUCAAAAUCAAACUACGAAAACUGCAUCUGCGGAAAGGGAAAACCGAACGACAAUGAAAGUAUUGUCAAUGAAAAUGGACAACUUAAAGCACAAAUCGAGGAUUUGAAAUACGAGUUGACAAAGCGAGACCAGUUAAAGGAGGAAAUAACUCGUCUCAAGGAAGAGCUGGAUCAAAACUCAAAAAAGAGCGAGGAAAACUCGGGCGAAAAUCUGAAAAAUUUGGGGGAAAAAAUUGUAGCACUGACUGAUGAACUCGAAAACACCAAAACCGUUGCGGAACAAUUACGUAAUGAAAAUGAUCAAUUGCAAUCUGAUCAGCAAGAUUACGUCAGAAACAUUGAUCAAAUGACCGACUUGAACAAGACUCAGGAGACCAAAAUUGGAGAACUUUCGAAGCAAAUCAAGGAUUUGGAAACAGAAAGAGAUAAAUUAGCCAAAAUGGAUAAAAAGUGGCGCAAGCAAAUGGAAGAAAAUGACAAAGAGUUAGAUAAACUAGACGCAGAAAUUGCGAAACUGAAUUCUGGCUUGAAAGAAAAGGAUUCAAAAAUGGUCGAAAUGCAAAAACAACUCAAGGAAAACGAUGCAAAAAUCGCAGAGAUGCAAAAUCUAGAAAAAGGGAAAAAUCAGAAUACUGACAAACCCCAAAAAUCGGAUACAAAAGACCAAAUCCAAGAAAUUAAGAAACUGGAAGAAGAAAGUUUGGAGAAAAACAAACUUCUAGAGAAAAACAAGAAGCAAAUGGACAAACUAAAAUCUGCAUUCGACAAACAAAACGAAGAUUUGGAUAACUUAGAAAAGGAAAUUGAGGCAAAAGACAACGAAAUUGCCCAGCUCAAGUCUGAAAUAGCACAGCUAAGUCAGAAACUGCAUGCGCUAAGUACUGAUGGCAAGGAUUCGAGCAGUCACAAAGAUUUGAACAAAAUCAAGGAACUAGAGAAGGAAAUAGAAAACCUGAGAAAUGAACUUGAGGCGAAACAUGACGCCAAAAAGGACAUGAAAGAACAAAUAGUCAAUGGAACUUUCACCGAAACGAAAGAAAUCGCAAAAGCCGAGAACAAUCCGAACGGUGUUAUCGAGUCCAGUCGGUUUUCGGUCGUCAAUCACGACCACAAAAUCAAUCACGACUGCUUAACUACGACAAUCCGCAUUCCAGACAACUACAGAAUCGUGGAAAUUUCCAAAGUUCCCAACUGCCAAAAACAUCCUCAAGCUACUACGACACUUUCUACUAGUCCUCGAGUUUUAAAUUCGGCUUACUUGCCGAGUCGCCAUGUGCACUAUUGUGAUAGGAACUUCUGUUAUGCGAAGUAUCGGUCUGAUUACUCUAUGCCUACCACUCUGCUGUGCAGAUGUCCAAAGUGCUCAAAGCAUAAUCACGAGAUGGGGAUUUGUCGAAGCAAGCCCUGAGCUACAAAAAGUUGACUGUGAUUUUACAAAGUUUUGCAUUAAAAGUAUAUAAUCAGAGUUUACACCGA